UUUGUAGGAAAAGUGGUAGGCAAAGACUGCACGGCGGGGUCAGGAACACGCUGCAUUCCCUGUGAGACGGGGACCUACAUGAACCAACCCAACGGCCUGACCAGGUGUCUCUCCUGCUCCUCCUGUGAUUCAGGCCCUGGACUCUAUAUCAAGCAGAACUGCACGUCUAUAUCAGACACAGUUUGUGAUGUUUUACACGGAUAUUUCUGUAAAAGUUGGACAGACAGUGCAGGAUGCAGCAAAGCAGAGAAACAUUCAGCCUGUAAACCUGGACAGAGAAUAAAGCUUCCUGGGACCAGCAGAGAUGAUACCGUGUGUGAAAACUGCGAGGAAGGAACCUUUUCUCCAGAUGGGUUGAACUGCACACUGUGGACACAGUAAGAUAAUGACACCUUUCAGGUCUUCCUUUCAUUAUAACUGGAAGGACUUUGAUUGAGGGGGUUGAAGUAUGAACUCGUGUCGUCCUCUUGAGAAAAGCACAGGAAAGUCUGGACUCUGGGAGAACGGGAGCACGCAGUAUAAUUCUGGGUCAAUAGGAACAGAAGCGCAUUGAUGACAUCAUCAUACUAUCAGU